AUGCAUCUCUUUCGCCGAGGGACUUCCUCCCUUUUUAGCUCCUCCAAUGUCUCUCUCGCCUCUUCCAAGACCGACACCACCACUGAUGCUGUGGGCGACAAUGCCCUUGCCACGGAGGGGUUUCAAACAAUCUCGUCGAGUGAUAAGCUUUUUCAAAACGUCGAUCCAGCGAUAGAUGGCGAAGACUGCCUGCACGACUGUGCGACAUGCACAAUCAAAUACCCCGCCAAAUUCGAUGUUGAUCACCAAGACGAACUAUAUGGACAAGUCAAUGGAUGGGCGACACAUAUGCUCGUCGCAACAGGCAAGUCAGAUUGGGUUAGAGAUGUGGCAGAUGAGAAAGGGAGCGUCAUGGAAGCCAUUGAGAAGGGAGGACUGGAACCGAGCAACGGGGUAUGA